AGUGCAUCGACGUUUUAAGGUAUUCCGUCAUGAGAUUUCUGGGUGUCGAGAAAAUAAUUCUUCUCUCGGGGUUUUGGAUUUUUGCCUACUCUCUGAAGCCAGGAAACGGAAGUAAUUCCAACGACCAAGAGACAGAGACCUUCAGCGACGCGUCCCGUCUGUUAGAUGACGUGAUUAAGCCAUACGACUCUCGUAUCAGGCCUAUUCUCAAUCAGUCCCAACCCUUGUCGGUCACUGUGCUAGCCGAAUUAUUAAAUUUGCAUUCCUUGGACGAAGUCACACAAACGUGGACCUUCUCCAGCAUUUUCAGAUUCAAGUGGAGGGACCAGAUAAAAACGUGGCAACCCAAAAAAUAUGGCAACAUUACGGAAAUUUUACUUGACCCUCAAGACCUUUGGAGCCCUAGACUUUCAAUUCCUAACUCUUUAACCGGGACAUACAUGUUUGCGGGCGAUUCCUCUUUCGUGAAGCUGAAACAUGACGGGUCAACCAUCUGGGAGCCGGGGUGUGUGCUCACAGUACCCUGCGAUCUAGAUCUCACAUAUUUCCCCUUUGACACUCAGACGUGUAUUUUGAAGGGCAUAUCCUACGAUCAGGCGGGUGUUAUCCUGCAUGUUCCAGAAGAUCAUAUUAUUGGCCGCGCACUGUACAGCACAAACGGUGAAUGGGACCUAAUUGAUAUCACUUUGACCUCUCGCGUCUUGUCAAGAUCGGGAAAAAACAGACUGGAUCUUAGGGUUGUGUUUAAAAGAAGGCCCAUGUUCUUCGUGGUAAACGUUCUGUUGCCCGACAUUUUGCUGUCCCUCCUCUCCCUCCUCGUCUUCAUAUUACCCGAGGAAAGCGGAGAAAGAGCCAGCUACUCCAUCACUGUCGUGUUGUCUCUGGCCGUCUUCAUGAGCAUACUAUCGAAAGAGUUACCUCAAAAUUCAGACUCCAUGCCGAUUAUGUGUGAGUAUAUGCUAGUAAUGUUGUCACUAAGCGGUCUCUCUGUGGUUGUAACUGUUAUUCAGUUGUACUGGAGCUACGCGGAAAGACGCAAAUGGACCACAACGAAUCCCCAGCAACAGUCCUGCUCUGCAAAGAGGGACAGUCCGAAGAACGGUAAAAACAUGAGCAGUGAAGGGAACGGAAACAUCUUUCCCUACAGCUGUGGAAAAACUGUAACUCGCAACAUUGCAACUAGUGAUACUGAUAUGCUUUUUAAGAGGAAUCAAUCAGAAAGCCAGUCUCCUUCAGUCCAAGGUUCACCUUCUUCAUCGUCUACAACAAGUGUUGUCAAGGAUUUGGAUGCUACCCUCGACACUAAUAAUAGACUCUCCAAACACGCAAUGACGUCAUGGGAUAAAGAUCAUUUCUCCCAUACCCCUUUCUCUCACUCCAUGGGAACCACUGAGAAACUAACAAAUGAUGUAUCCACACCAGCACAGAUCUGCUGCUGUAGAAUGAUGAUGGGACAUAAGGCUGAUGAGCUUAGAGAGGGGCAUAAUGCUGAUGAGCUUAGUACAAAAUCGUUGAAAAGAGCGAGGAAAGUAAACAUUAUUCUCUUUUUUACUUUUCUAAGCGCCUUUCUGCUGACAACAUGUUUCUUUAUGGUGGGUCUACUCAGAAACUAUAAUUCGGAAAAAGAUGCUACAUAUACAAUUCCAUAG